AUGUCAAUACUAAUUCUCUAUGGAAGUGAGACGGGUACCGCUCAAGAUAUCGCCGAGUCGCUUCGACGAGAAGCGCAAAUGAGACAUUUAGCAGCCAGAGUUUUCGAGUUAGAUGAGUAUGAUAUUGGGCAGCUCUUUACCGAGAAUGUUGUUCUCUUUGUUGUUUCCACCACCGGACAAGGAGAAAUGCCGCCGAAUAUGAGAAAAACGUGGAAAUUGCUUCUUCGGAAGUCUCUUGGCUCUGAAUUUUUGAAAAAUGUUAAUACCGCUGUAUUGGGUCUCGGUGAUUCGUCCUAUCAAAAAUACAAUUUUGCUGGAAAAAAAUUGUAUCGUCGAUUGGCUCAAAUGGGUGCUAACAUGAUGUGUGGUGUCAGUUUGGCUGAUGAUCAACACGAAAUAGGUAUCGAUGGAGCAUUUAUUCCAUGGAAACAACGCGUGUGGGAGGAGAUUCAACGGCUUGGAAUUUAUGAAUCGAUGACGGAAGAAAUCGAUCCAAAAGUGAAGAUUCAGACUAAAUAUCGAUUUGUAGAAGCUGGAAAUCCUGAUCAUCGAAAAAACGUCGUAGCAGAAUCAGAUACCGGUUAUCACGCGCUGAAAGUGAAUAGUAAUCGACGUGUGACUUCUGAAAACCACUUUCAAGACACUCGACUUGUCAAUUUCGAAAUUCCGUACGAACUUCAGAGUCAAAUGAAAUAUUCGCCUGGAGACGUUCUUAUGGUCCGCCCGUAUAACCCUGACGAAACGGUUCAAGUUGCAAUCGAAGCAUUAGGAUAUUCGGAUGAGAUUAUGAAUAAGCCAGUGAGAAUUGUAAAGAACGAUCCGUACUCCAAACAGCCCCCUUAUUUUCUUGUCGGAGUCGAAACCACGCUGCGAACAUGCCUCCAGCGGUAUUUCGACCUCCAACAAAUUCCGAAGCGCUCAUUUUUCGAAAUGCUAUCCUAUUACUCGAAUGAUGCAUCGGAAAAAGAGAGGCUGAGAGAGUUGGCAAGUCCAGAAGGUCUGGAUGAUUUGCUGGAUUAUGCGAAUAGGUGUAGAAGGACCACUGCAGAGACGUUCAGAGAUUUUCCGGCCACUUCGAAACACUUAGAACCUGAUUACCUCUUCGAAAUUUUGACUGUUAUUCGACCGAGAGCAUUCAGUAUUGCGUCAGCGCCAAGCGCGAAUUUCGUAGAACUACUAGUAGCAAAAGUGGAAUAUAAAUCAAGAAUGGCUGAUAAACGACGUGGAUUAUGCAGUACAUUUAUUUCAAGACUGAAAGAGGGGGAUGAGGUUUUCUGCAAAAUUCGUGCUGGUACAUUCAAAUUCCCGUUACCCGAAGCACCAGUCAUCUGUAUUGGACCAGGCACCGGAGUGGCGCCAUUCAGAAGUCUUUUUGGACAAAGAAGUCGACUAUCCCCGCACUCCUCUGGUUUACUAUUCUUCGGAUGCCGUGGUGAACACGACGAUUUCUAUUUUUCGGACGAAUGGAACUCGAUGAGUGGUGUUGAAGUGAUCGCUGCGUUCAGUCGAGACUCGGAGAAGAAAGUAUAUGUUCAGCACAAAAUGGGAGAGAGAGCGAGAGAUAUCAAGAAGAUGUUGGAAUCAGGAGCCUCUGUGUUCAUUGCUGGGAGUUCUGGCGACAUGCCGAAGGCGGUUUCUUCGGUUUUAUCGCAGAUUCAAGGAGACGAAUGGACGAAAAAGGCGGAAGAAACUGGGCGGAUUCAAUAUGAGACAUGGUCAUGA